AUGGAGGAGGCUGAAUUUCAAUCAUUAAGAGAAGCUCUCUCCUUUGUAUCAUUAAUUGAUGGAUAUUACAGAUUAACUGCAGAUGCCCACCAUUAUCUCUGUAAAGAAGUAGCACCACCAUCAGUUCUUGAAAAUAUCCAAAGCAACUGCCAUGGACCAAUUUUCAUGGACUUUGCUAUCAGUAAACUGAAGAAAGCGGGUAAUCAAACUGGCUUCUACGUUCUUCGAUGCAGCCCUAAAGAUUUUAAAAAAUACUUCCUCACCUUCGCUAUAGAGCGAGAGAAUACCACUGAUUAUAAGCACUGCUUAAUUACAAAGAACGACAAUGGAGAAUAUAAUCUUAGUGGAACCAAGCGAAGUUUCAGUAAUCUUAAAGAUCUGUUGACCUGUUACCAGACAGAAACUGUCCGUUCAGACAGCAUAAUUUUCCAGUUUGUCAAAUGCUGUCCUCCAAAACCUAAAGAUAAAUCGAAUCUUCUAGUCUUCAGAAGCAAUAGUGUUGCUGAUGUACCUUCAUCACCUACACUACAGAGACACAAUAAUGUCAACCAGAUGGUCUUUCACAAAAUCCGGAAUGAGGAUUUGAUAUUCGAGGAGAGUCUUGGACAGGGCACAUUUACAAAGAUUUUCAAAGGUGUAAGGAAAGAAGUGGGAGACUAUGGCCAGCUCCAUCAAACUGAAGUUCUUUUAAAGGUUCUGGAUAAAGUGCAUAGAAACUACUCUGAGUCCUUCUUUGAGGCAGCAAGUAUGAUGAGCCAGCUUUCUUACAAACAUUUGGUGUUAAACUAUGGAGUCUGCGUAUGUGGAGAAGAGAACAUCCUUGUACAAGAAUAUGUAAAAUUUGGAUCCUUGGACACUUACUUGAAAAAAAACAAAAAUGUUAUAAAUAUCUUGUGGAAGCUGGAAGUAGCCAAACAGUUGGCAUUAGCCAUGCAUUUUCUGGAGGAUAAAGGCCUUAUUCAUGGGAAUGUCUGUGCAAAAAACAUCUUGCUUAUCAGAGAGGAAGACAGGAAGUCUGGAAAUCUUCCAUUUAUAAAACUAAGUGAUCCUGGCAUCAGUAUUACAGUUUUGCCAAGAGAGAUUCUUCUUGAGAGGAUACCAUGGGUGCCACCUGAAUGCAUUGAGAAUCCCAAACAAUUAAGCCUGGCCACAGACAAAUGGAGCUUUGGUACUACUUUGUGGGAAAUCUGCAGCGGAGGAGACAAACCUCUGAGUGCUCUGGAUUCUUCAAGAGUAAGUAUUACUGAGUCUGCAGUC